AUGAGGACAAGACCUGCUGGGAUUGGCAACGUCAAUGCCGACUGGAUGGGUUUACUUCCCUCCAAACUCAGUGCCAUGCCUCUGAAGUACCUCGCUGUGCCAGGUUCUCACGACUCCUUCACGUUCUGGGUGGAUGUCCAUGCACCUGUCGGCCCUGAUCAGAAGACCUAUGUGAAGUACUUGGUCACCAUGUUCAGUGUGUUAGCCAAGAAAUUCAUGGUGAAGUGGUCAAUGACACAGAAUCUGACGUUUAGAGAGCAGUUAGAUGCAGGAAUCCGUUACUUUGACCUCAGAGUAUCUUCUAAACCCGGUGAAGCUGGAAAUGAGAUCUAUUUCAUCCAUGGCCUCUUUGGACACAAGGUGAGGGACGGCCUGUUAGAAAUUAACUCCUUCUUAUGCAGACACAAAAAAGAGGUUGUGUUUUUAGACUUCAAUCAUUACUAUGCAAUGGAUUCAGAGCACCACGUGUACCUCAUCGAAAUGCUCCAGGAAGUGUUUGGCAGUAAGCUGUGCAGCGACUGUGCAGUGGAAAACAUCACUCUGAACUACCUCUGGGAGAAGAAAUACCAGGUUAUUGUUUUCUACCACCAUCCUUCAGCACAAGGUAUCCCUGUCAUGUGGCCUGGCAAUAAAAUCCCUGCUCCUUGGGCAAACACCACUGAGCCAAACAAGCUUAUACAGUUCCUGGAAACUACUUUAAAAGAAAGAAAGAAACAGGGAUCCUUCCAUGUCACCCAGGCCAUCCUCACUCCUACAGUCAACACUGUGGCCAAGGGUUUGGUCUGGGGGCUACGCGAUUACCUGGUAGAAAGAAACCUGCCAAUCAUAAUGUCCUGGGUUCAGACUCAACGACCAGGGGUGGACGGAGUCAACAUCAUUACCUCUGACUUUGUGGAGCUCACUGACUUUGCCAACAUUGUAAUUAAACUAAACAACCUGCUGCUUUCCGAGUCGGAACACAAAGCGAGAUGA